AUGGCUGAACGAGCUUCUAUUUCGGCAUCUUCCGGUGCCCCAACUGAAAAGCGACUAUGGUAUCGCAGCACACUCUUCAAUGCCUGUGUUAUUGGAAGCGCUGGAUUCACAGCCCCGGGUUUAUGGAAUGCCAUGAAUGCUUUGGGAGCUGGUGGCGCACAGGAGCCUUUCUUGAUUAAUGCGGCCAAUGCGCUUGUUUUCGGUCUUAUGGGAUUUUUAUGUCUGUUCGGUGGCCCUAUCGCUAACCGCCUUGGGCUGAGAUGGACUCUGAUGCUUGGCACCGUGGGAUACCCGUUGUACUCCGCUGCUUUGUACACAAAUAACGUUUAUGGAAAUGUAUGGUUUGUGCUAGUUGGAUCAGCUAUCAAUGGUUUAUCCGCUGGUCUCUUCUGGGCUUGUGAGGGUGCCGUGGCACUGGGUUAUCCCGAGCCUACAAAGCGAGGCAAAUACAUGAACAUUUGGCUUUGGUUCCGUACAGGUGGACCGUUGGUUGGAGGUGCUAUUGUCCUUGGCCUCAACAGUGCUGCCAAUGCCCAUGCCAAAGGAAAAGUGGGAUCUGAGACAUACCUCAUUUUCAUCGCGCUCCAAUGUACUGCAUUGCCUAUUGCCUACUUCCUCACGUCGCCCGACAAGGUCCAACGCACCGACGGUAGUCAAGUCAAGUUGAUUGUGCAAGACUCAUGGCAGGCUGAGAUGAAAGAGCUCUGGAAGGUCUGCCGGCGCAGAGAGAUUAUGCUGCUCCUGCCUGUUUUCUGGGCCGUCUACUUCAACAUGUACACUGGAAAUUUCAAAACCUACUACUUCGGCGUGCGCGCCCGUGCUCUGAUGGGAUUCGUCACCUACUUCUCCACUCUUCUUGCCUCGACAAUUAUCAGCAAGUUCCUGGACUACCGCGGUCUUUCCAUCAGAAACAGACUCAAGUACAGCUUUUUCUACGUGAUCGUCGUCCACAUCACUGCCUGGGUCUACUGCUGGGUUAUCCAGGAAAAGUAUACCAAGAACCCACCAACUCUUGAUUGGGCCGACAAAGGCUUCGUUGAGGGAUUCUUCGUUGUCCUGCUCUGGGAAUUCGCUCAGCAGUCACUGCAAAACUUCCUCUACUACUUCCUCUCCACGAUGACCGACAACAUCUCCGAGCUCUCCCGUUUAUCCGGUAUCCUACGCGGCCAAGAGAGCUUUUCACAGGCUGUCUCUUACGGCCUCAACUCGAAGAAAUGGCAUGGCGGCAGGGUGCCACUUAUUGUCAACACCAUCCUUCUUGUCCUGUCCAUCUGGCCUACUUGGCUCGUUGUCAGCACCCACGUUCCUAUCGAACAUGACAAGGAGACCGCUGAGCUGCCUCAAGCUCAAGACGAGGAGCAGAAGAGAGUCAGUCUGUCUGACAAGGAGACGUUUGUUGUUUCGGAGGCUGCUGUUUCUGAAGUAGCUGCCUCCAAGUAA